ACAUAGUGAUUUUAUUUGCAUGUUUUAUUGCUAUAGUGCUCUUGCAUGAUUGUUUAUUGAUAUUUUUAUUGCAUGAUUUUAUCCCCAUAUUUAUACUGUUUCGUGUCGCUGUAUAGUAUUCUUUUUUAUUCCACUGUGGAUUGGACAGAUAAUCGCGUGCACCUGUGAGGUGGAGGCGUGCCCCCGAGGUGGCCUAUUGGCCGCCAAACUGACUUAAGGGAGAUAGUGAGCGCAAAGACAGGAGAAGAGACACACGGAAAGCGAAGAGCAGGAAACCGAACGUGUGCAGACGAGCGCAUGUAUAGAAGGACCGGCCUGCCUGUGCGGUGUCACGAGACUUCCGGCGAUCGGCCAGCAUAACCUGGCGAUUCAGUUCUGACGGACAGAAUAGCAACAGUGGGAGGCGACGCGUGAAAUCCACAGUAGGGCAGAGGGGACGCCUCUGCCUGCAUCCGUGAGUAUCGCUUUCCCACUGUUGGGCGCUAGGCGUGGUUUUGCCGGGGAAGGGUAACAGUGGCUGUGCCGACUACGUUGCUGGCCCGUGUUUGUUGUUUUAGGGCCGGGCUACGAGGGAAGCCGUGUGCGGGUGCGGAGAGUGGCUGGACUGCACGGUCACGCGCCGCCAGGUGGGGAUAGGAGCCUCCUCCCUGGCCUUCUGCUGGCAAGAUUUUCCCAUCCCGGAAGAGGAGCUCCCCUUCUGUCUCUUUCAGCUAAGGAACAUUUGCCCGAGUGUGUGUGGUUGGACACUGGGAAUAGAGGACUCUGGGGGGACGUUUUAUCGUAUAAAAAGGACAUUCAUUUAGCUUUGAUUUUUUUUUUUAAUUGUAUUUUAAUCUCUGCCGGCAGGGCUUUUUAGCGGGUUGGGAACAUUUAUUUUUAUUGUAUAGUGGGGAUUUUAACUUCUACUUGUGAUUCUGGCUGUCCUUCUAAAAAAAUAAAUGGUGUGCUUAAAGCCGGCCCAGUGUCCGUACUCCGAGCGCUGAUUCACUCUCUCCCCUGAUGCUUGUAUGUAUAUAGACGUGGUGGCGAAGAUUUAGGUCACCAGUUUAGCGGCUACAUAUUUUUGGCGUUUGUCGACAGGAUACAAGUUUGGGGAGCAGUGUUCAGCACCUGGAGUGCAGAUAUAGAAAUGAUGAUGCCAGUGUAUCCGGGUGCCCCUUGGGUACCAAAAUAUAAGGGUCUUGAAGCGGAUGUUUCAUAUGGAGACUGGAAAGAACAAAUACAAGGUUUAUUGAAUGCUCAAGAAGUAGCUGAGGCCCGGAAAGUAGAAAUUUUAAUUGGGGCUUUAAGUGGCGAGGCAAAGCGUCAAGUAAGCGUGUUAGAAGAAAAAGAUAGAGACCAGAUUAGGAAAAUAUUCACAUAUCUAGAUUCUUUAUAUGGUGACAAUACCUCCCUAGCGGUUCUGAGGUCGCAGUUUUUUAGCUGUAUACAAAAACCAAAUGAGUCGGUAAAAUCUUUUACCUUAAGGUUGAGGGAGUUGUACUGCAGGCUACAACAGCGCAAUCCAAAUCAAGCACCUACUGAAAAGUGUUUACAGGAACAGAUGCUGUUGGGCCUGCGGGAGGGCCCGUUGUCGCAAACCCUGCGAGCCUACGUGCGUCACCAUCCAGAAGAGGAUUUCGCAACAGUCCAUCGGGAGGCGUUGCUUCUAGAGGAGGAACAGCUGGGACACCAGGGAUUGCAAACUACGUGCUUGGCAGUGGCAGUUGGAGAACGUCCUGCAGAAGCUGUGGCAACAUGGACUGAAGCUGAGGCUGGACAAAUGUUUCCCACAGACUGCCAAACAGCCUAUAUAAACACAACGAGUGCGCCAUGUCGGGAUCCACAGGGGCUGGUGCCACAGAUGAAUGACUGGAAGGAGGCGCAGGAAAAGGACAUGGAUCUGCGCAUCCUGAGGGAGUAUGUGGAACGGGGAGUCCCCCCGGAUGCACCAACGAGGGGAUCCCUGCCUAGCCCUGUACAGAAGUUAUUACAUCAAUGGAGAAGGCUGCAGGUUUGUGAGGGUACGCUGUGCAGAGAGGUAAGGGACCCUAACACUAACGAAAUGUACCUUCAGAUCCUAUGUCCUGCAGAGAGACACAAGGAGGUGUGGGAGAAGUAUCAUGAGGCAGCGGCGCAUGCAGGAGUGGAAAAGACACUGUCCAGGAUACGUCGCUUCUUUUAUUGGCCCAGCAUGGAAGAGGAGGUGCGCGAAUUCCAGCUAGGGUGCGCUGCAUGUAGCCUGCGAGAUAGAAAUAGGCCUAGAGCCCCUUUGCAUCCCAUUAUUGUGUCGUAUCCCCUUGAGAUUGUGGCCUUGGACUUUCUUACAUUGGGGAGGCCCACAGACAGGUACCAGAAUAUUCUGGUGAUGACUGAUCUUUUCAGACGGUACGCCUGGGCAGUUCCUACCAAAGAUCAGACUGCUCAGACUGCAGUGCACGCUCUUUGGGCUCACGUGAUUCAGACCUUCGGUUGCCCGACCAGGCUGCACUCAGAUAGAGGUGGUAGUUUUGAGUCUGCCCUGAUGUACCAGUUGUGUAAGUGCUAUGGCAUUACAAAAAGCAAGACCACCCCAUACCACCCGGCUGGAAAUGGUGGGGUUGAGAGGAUGAACCAGACAUUGCUGCACAUGCUUCGGUCCCUAGAGUCAGAGAGACAACAGAGGUGGCCAGAAUAUCUCCCAGAGCUCUUACAAGCAUACAACAAUACUGUCCAUAGUGCCACAGGGUAUGCGCCGUCGUACCUGAUGUUUGGGCGGCAUUUGAGACAGCCGGUGGAUUUAAGCCUAGGUGUUGAGCGGGAAUCCCCAUGCCACGACCUGGGAGGGUGGGUUAAGGACCAUCACCAGAAACUAUCUUUUGCCUAUGAGAUGGCUAGGAAAAAGAUGAGGGCAGCAGCCACCCAAAACAAGAGGGCUUAUGACCGAAGUGCGCGGGCCCUGCCAUUGGUGCCAGGCGAGAGAGUUUGGAUAAGGGACAGGAAUAGGCAGGGACAAGGCAAGUUGCACCCAGGUUGGAGCUCAGAGCCGUAUGUGGUAGUGGAAGAGGUGACAGGGACUGUCACAGAUAAUCGCGUGCACCUGUGAGGUGGAGGCGUGCCCCCGAGGUGGCCUAUUGGCCGCCAAACUGACUUAAGGGAGAUAGUGAGCGCAAAGACAGGAGAAGAGACACACGGAAAGCGAAGAGCAGGAAACCGAACGUGUGCAGACGAGCGCAUGUAUAGAAGGACCGGCCUGCCUGUGCGGUGUCACGAGACUUCCGGCGAUCGGCCAGCAUAACCCGGCGAUUCAGUUCUGACGGACAGAAUAGCAACA